GGAAACAGAUACCGAAGUUGACCAAUCAAAAUUUUGCGAAGAUAGUCGAAAUUAUGUACGAAUAUUGUAUGGAGAACCCGAGAGAUGAAAACAGCUGGAUGGCUCUCAGUGUACCUACCAUCUACAACAGCAUGGCGUCUGCUUGUAACUGGCCCCUCCAGAGCAAGAGAACGACGACAGAUCUUAUACCACCAUCUGGAGGUGCCUCUUCGUUUGAAGAGAGUGACAAGGACAUCUAUAUUACUCAGUUAAUACAUCGACUGGAAAGUCUGUCCAUGUCUACAGUAGUGAACACACAGCAGGUACCUUUAUUAGCCAGCAUUUCUAGUGCUUAUUUGGGACAGGAACCAACCACCUGUUGCAGCCAAACCAAGUCUUCCCAAGUCUUGAUGCAGCAUCAAAAAACCCAGUUAAGGAUGCUGUCACACAGAUGGCAGAGGCUUGGUCUUCAACCUCCAAUCCCCUGGGGCUUGGAAGAACACAUAUCUGAACAUCAUAAACCUGUGGUUGAAACCACACAAGAAUUGGAAAUCAGGCCCAUAGAGGUCACUCGCUUUGUCUCUCUAAGGGACAUAAGAUCUGAUGAGAUAAAUAUAAUCAGAGACUCACAUAGUGUAAGUUCGGACAGCCUUGAUGAUGGACCUCUUGAGCCCAGUGUACCUGAACAAUGCAUCAAAGUGUCAGUUCAGUCUGAAGACAGUGACCUCUCUGACCAAGAGAAAGACAGUUUUUCUAUCUCAAAGUGGGCACCUCCUGUAGAAUUGGACCUAAGGCCAGACUCAUUCGACAGAGAUCUAGAUUCUUCAGAGGCCGCAGAAGCAGAGCAAAUUUAUCCUGAGGUUUUCCCAGUUCCACUAAAAGAUCUGGACUUCAAUCAGUCCCAUUUCUCAGAGUUGGAGAGUCAAGAAAACAUGAAUUUAAGCGACCCUUGUCUCACAGCUAUGGUUGCACGUGUGAUAAAGCUGGAGAGACUUGAGGCUGCAACUAUACAAAAAGAGCAAGCAAAAGUUUUUCGAUCUCGUCCAGCAACUGGUUUGGUACGAAUUGCCAAUCGUCUGAAACCAGUGGAAAUCCCUUGUUCUAAUAAAGAACACUCAAGCACUAGAAGCAAUAAUUCAAUUUUAGAUGAUUUAACAAAACUCACCCUUUUUUCAAGGUCUCAAUCACUGUCUAGGCAUAAUACUUGCCCCUUAUCAAAUGGGAGGGUAUGUAAUGGAGUCCAAGAACCACCUACUUUACUCAAGAAACCUCAGUCAAGUGCUGUCAAAUUAAGAGAGACUAAAGGCCAGGCUUAUGAUUUUGAUGUUCAUUUGAGUGAGUCAAAAUACAAUAGUUCCAAGAGGCACAAACCCACAAAGAAAGCCAUGCAAAAGACCUCUGACAAAACUAGUGUUCCUGCUAAAGUUCAAUAUAGGAAAACAUGAUUAAUUAUUUUGAAUGUGCUUUAAGCUUUAACAUUUUUUAAUUGAUCAAAUUUGUUAUUUUUUUGAUGGCAUGUAAUACAGUAUUUUUUUUCUUUGAUAAUUUUAUCUUUUUGUAUUAAGGACAAAUGUGUGUUAUGUCAGUUGACUUUAAAGGGAUAGUUUACCCAAAAAUGAAAAUUAUCUCAUCAUUUACUCACCCCUCAUGCCAUCUCAGAUGUGUUUGACUUUCUUCUGCUGAACACAAACAAAGGUUUUUAGAAAAAUAUCUGAACUCUGUAGGUCCAUACAAUGCAAGUCAAUGGUGACCAGACCUUCAAAAAUAAAAAUAAAAA